ACAUACUAAACCUUCGUCUCGAGUAACAGAUAUUUGUAUAAAUAGAGUGAAAACAAAAAUAAUAAAACUACGUCUGAAUUUCCGACAAAAUCAAAGGGAAAAAACUUUUGCAAUUCCGUUAUUACACGAAUAACGCAUUUUUUAUGGAUAUAAUUUACAUAUGGUACAAAGUUCAACAUAAAAAAUAAUAAUUAUAAAAAAAAAUAUGAUAAAUAUAUUUUAUUUGCCAAAUAUUUAAUUUUUGCGGUUAUGGACACUCUAGUGGGACAAAUAUGAACUAUAGAGCUUUUGAGAUCUCGGACGCCGAGUGUUGGACGCUAUUGUGUGAAGCCGAGAUCGACUUCCCGCGUUAUUCACGGCGUUCUUUAUUUAAUAUUCUUGAUAAAAUUGAAUAAUAAUUAAAAAAUUGUUGAUCCUACGAUGGCGAAAUCAAUAUCUAAUGAUUCAGAUACUAAGGAAAGUGAAUCGGAUGAUGAAGUUUAUGAUUUUGUUAUAAUUGAAUUUAUAAAAAGAGGUAGAAAGACAAAAAAAAAAGGUGUUCAUGUUAUACCAUCAUCAUGGCUAAACUAUGAUGCCAAAAAAAAGCAUUAUACGUGCCCAUUUCCUCCUGAACCAUAUGAAAACUUAGAUGAUAUAGUGAAAAGAAAAUCACCUCCACAUAAAUCCUGGAAUAUUUAUAAUGUCAAGAUCAAGGGUCACGACGAUAACUAUAAACAAGCAAAGAAAAAAGCGCAAAAGUUACAAAGUAAAGAUAAUGCUUUCUCAACGGAUACUGAUUUUAAUUCAACUGAAAAAACUGUACAACUGGAACAAGCUGUAAAAACUAAAAUAUUAAAAGAGAAUCUAGUUGCGAUGAAAAAAUAUAUGGAUACAAGUAAUAACAAUGAACAUUCAUCUAAUAUGGAUAAAAAUUCAUCAUCAGAACAAACGUCUUCACAUGGUGGUUCGGAUAUUUCUGAAGCUGAAUCUUCAUCAAGUCAAGAAUCAUCAAAAAAAAAUAAAACUAAGAAAUCCAACAUUAAAAAAAAAUCUGUUUAUCAAAAACCACUCAAUAAUGCUUGUGAUAUCAUGACCGAAAAUAUUGAAUCAUCUACACCGGCUUCUUGUUCUGAGAAACAAACUGAAUCUGGCCAACAAUUUUUUGACCCAGCAGUUUCUAUUGAUGCAUAUAUUGAUAAUAAUGGUGCAAUUGUUGUAUCAGACAUAAAUCGACGAAGUGUAAGCAAUCAAGAAAAUAAUCUCAAAAGUGCAACUGGAUUUAGUGAAGAUCAAUUUAUACAAUUGAUGGAAAAAUUAACCUGUUUGGAGGUUGAAUCAAAAGCACAAACUACAUAAAUCCAUCGAAUUGAAAAUACUCUUGAAUAUAAACUUGGAUGUACCUCAAGUAACAGAAUAGCUGAUCACUUUGGGCCUGAUUUUCCAAUAAAAGAAAUAGACAAAUUACAAGAAGUCGAAAAGCAACUAGAAAGAUGAUAAGAACUUUAAAAUAAAAUUGAGUAAUGCAAUCAAUUCAUUGAUUGAUUUAGACGAGUCGUUGUCUGUAAAUGCUACUGAAGUUCUUAAAAAAAUCUUCAAACGAGAAUUAGCAAUGCAGUUUACUGCAACACGACAAAUGGAAAAGAAAUCAGUAUUUUCUUGUGAAGCCCCCAAUUUGUGUAGUUGCAUCAGAGAUUCCUUAGCUUCUCGUUUACAAAAACUUCCAAAAAAAGUGAUGUCUGCAUUAGGAAAUGCUUUUACUAAUUCAAAGGAUUGGGACGGUCAUCGUGCAGAUAGAAUUAAAAAAGGAAAAAAUACUGCUGUUGUAUCCGAUCCUGCUAAUUCUUAGGUCUUUAAAUCUUUUUUUAAUACUAUAAUUAUAUUAUAUUAUUCAAUUUAAUACAAAACUU